ACACAUUCUUCCUCCAGUGCAGUGUGCUUGUUGCUGGGUCUGUUAUGCUGGAUUGACGGCGGGGCGGGGGAGAGAAUAGAAUAAUACUUUCCCGCCUCUUCCUGACACAGGUCACGGUUGCAGAGAUGGCCGAACAAGAACCCACCCCUGAACAGCUGGCCCAGAUUGCUGCUGAGAAUGAGGAGGAUGAACACUCGGUGAACUACAAACCCCCUGCCCAAAAGAGCAUCCAGGAGAUCCAGGAGCUGGAUAAGGAUGACGAGAGCUUGCGCAAGUACAAAGAGGUCCUGCUGGGAAAUGUCGCCAUUGCCGCUGAUCCCACCACUCCAAAUGUGGUGGUAACAAAACUGACUCUGGUUUGCGCCACUGCUCCUGGCCCCUUGGAGUUGGACCUGAAAGGUAAGAAAGGUGACCUGGAAUGUUUCAAGAAGCAGUCGUUUGUGCUCAAGGAAGGCGUGGAGUACCAGAUAAAAAUCUCCUUUCUGGUGAAUAAGGAGAUUGUUUCAGGAUUGAAGUACAUUCAGCACACCUUCAGGAAAGGAGUAAAAAUUGAUAAGACUGACUACAUGGUCGGGAGCUAUGGGCCACGAGCCGAGGAAUACGAGUUCCUGACCCCCAUGGAGGAAGCCCCCAAGGGUAUGCUGGCCCGAGGCAGUUACAACAUCCGAUCCAAAUUUACAGAUGAUGAUAAGACAGACCACCUUUCCUGGGAGUGGAACCUGAACAUCAAGAAGGAAUGGAAGGAUUAGCCCCUUCCAUAGCCAAAUCCCAAGAGUUGCUCAGACAGUGGCUACAAUAGAAACCCCACCCUGUACCAAAGUGCUGGCAUUGGACACCCUUCCCUUCUCCCUUCCCAUUUUUAGCUCACCAGGAAGACCUGGCUUGAUUGCCAUCCCCCUCCCCCUUCCCAGAUGUGUUUCCUCCCAAGGAUCAGUGAAAGAAAUUGACCAAACCGGCACUGUCUGUCCCAAGCACAGAGGCAGAAGUGCUCCCUGUCCUUCCUCUGAAAAAGAGGUCUGCUGCUUUUGAUGCGUUUGAAUACAUUUCAGGCAGGUGGUAGAAGGGGGAGCGAUCUGCCUGCCUGCCUGCUUGUCUCCAGGGAAGAGGAUUUGGAGGCGCUCCUGCCUCUGGGCAAGGAGGAGGUGCUGAGGAAUCAUGCAGAGCUCUCAACUGCCUGCUGCCCCACUUGUUUCCUGGCCCAAAUCAUGUUCAUGGCCUGCCCUUUCUCCUCUGGGGACACAGGGUGGCUUUCCAUUUGUGAUGGUUUCCUGUAACCAUGAUGCCUUAAUGUGUGUAACAUACAUCCUCCUGGGUGGGGCCUCCCGACCUCGUUACACUUUUUUAUAUGUGCUCCACUCCCGUCCACACACACCCCUCCCUUCUCCUGAUGCACAUCUUCUGGCCAGAUGACCAUCCUGCUGAGGCUGAUGUCUCCCAAGAGCUUAAGCAGGGUUCAGGCUGCUUUCCUUGCAGGUUCCCCGGGGCCAGAGAAACACUUGCUUCCAGCUAGGGAGAGAGAGAGGGGCCCUGUUGGUGGGCCUACAAGUUACUAGUGCCACUGUCCUCUCUCGGUUAGUUCUAUCGCACCCAAACUGGCUGCAAAGCACUGAAGUCCCAGGGCAGCCUCUGGUUUUCAGGGCUAGAAGAUGUAUUGGCCUAGCUCAGCUGCUUCUCCUCACCAGAUCUGAACAAAAAGCUUGCUAUGGACAAAUAUUCAAGAGCAGAGAAUGCCUUAUGUAUCUGUUCAGCCUUUUGAAAUCAUGUGCCUGGCCUGUCAGUAUUUAUUAUUGCCUUGAUUAGAUUCUCUUCCUUCAUGAUGCCCGAACAACCUAGCCGCCCCAGCAAAACCCCACAGACCUGGCAUUCAGAAGCAGGAGCGGCCCGAUUCCCUCUGCUUGCCAGGUGGGCAUGUUCCAGCUCAGCAGCCCUACUCUAUGGGCUACUGUGAGUCCCAAAGUUGUGCUAGAACUGGGACCAAGCGUGUGUGUGGUUCUCUUUCGUAGCUACGUCUCUGCCCCCGACUCUUUUCCCUACUCCCUCCCUUAGAGGAGUUUGUUUUUCUUAAAUUGAUUUGAUGCAUUUUUGUCUGUACAUCGUUAGAUCUGGAUUAACAGAUUUGGAAUCAUCAGCUCCCCCUUUUCUGACGGUCAAAUAAAAUCAUGAAACUGA